GAAUCUGAUAAAGGUGACACAAACUGUUAGAACUGGUGGCAUCGAGGAAGGCCUGAUGCUGCCAUUCGACUGGAGUGGAAGAGUUUGCAGGCUGUCUGUUGUGAGGAAAUCCCUGCGGCUGUGGUUCAGCACCUGUAGUGUGCAGAAAUUAGCAACAAAGUCAGCAAAAAACUGGAACCUAUGCUAGGCCUUGAUUCAAGAUGUUUGACAACCUCCCUGCAUUUAAAGGACUGUGGUUCUGGCCAUUACUUGCAGAGCAGCCAAGGGUGGCUAAUUUUUGCCUUUUUAAGGAAUUUCUUUUGGACGUGACUUGUUCUUGCUCUGGUUUAAUCAUACCAGCUCUCUGUAGGAAAAAGAAAGAGCAGUGGAAAAGGCAUUCUCAUUCUGCAAGACAAACCAUCGACGUUGCGCUUGUGUGGGCAAAUGGACUGCCUGAGUUACUCUGGAGCAGUGAUGGGUUCCCUGAGACAAUGAUCUAUGUACGCUUUGCUGAGAGCCUGCAUUCACUUCCCUCCUUCCAAGGCUGCCUGAAGUGUAACCUAAAUGGUCCUGGUGGUCUUCACCCUGCAGGCAGAAUACACAGCACUGAGCCAUCCUGUGGUUUCAGCACAGCUAACCUGAUGUCUUUUCGCUAUCUCUGCCUGCAGCAGUGUUGUAGUGCUUUUGUUGAAGGCCCUCAUACCAAUGAUGAAGUGGGAUGUGAUAUCCUGCCAACCUCAUUGUAGCUGCCUGGCACCUGGGCUCUCCCAGUCAUCCCCUUGGUCUGGCCUGCAACCCCAAACUGGUGGAUGUAGGAUCACUGCAUGACUGAGCUUGAGGACGGCUUCAGAAGUAGAGGAACCUCUCUCUUGUGGAGGUGAUUGGCACAGGGACAUCCCAGGACUCUUGUUGAGACUGGGGAAAUCUAGCAAGCAGAAUGGACAGCAUCCUCCAGGCUGGAAGGGUUAACAGCAUUGCCGCUUCUCCUCCUCUGUCUUUACUGUUAUCUUGAUUUACAUGUUUGAAAGUAGGGUUGAUUAAUAAUCCACAAACCUUAAUCCUGGAAGGAGAGCUAAGGCACUUAACAUACCAGAGCAUACUACGACGCAACAAAUAAGAAAUGAUGAACAGGACUAACAUUUCUGCUCCUUCCUGAAUAGUGCAAGAGCAACGUCAGAGGUUCCCUGCACUUCCUAGCCCCCAGUGGUGGGGUGAAGACUACCAAAUGGGUUCUACAUCAAAAGGCCACUGUUAAUUCUUUCUGCUGCAGGUACCAUGGUGAUGAGUCUGGCACAAGUGCCUGGAAAUAUAAAUUUAGCUAGCAUGCUGUUCCUGGAGCUGGAUAUAAAUGUCUUCAUUCCAUGUGUGCACUGUUACUCCACAGAUAAGGAAAAAGUGACCUAUAAAGCCUUCCCUGACCUAAGAAGUCAAUUAAAGUACAAAAAAAGAGCAGCUGAGUACAGCAGGGGAAUUCAUCCGCUGUUUAUCAGCUUGGACCUCAAUGCUCACCCACUCAGCACUGGAGUAAGUAUAGAGGGAGGACAAUACAGCCACAGAAGACAGAAACAAAACCAGGAAAGUAAAAUGGAGGGAAUUCAUCUCUGGGGGAAUUGCACAGUGAAUGCUGAGUUACAUCGGUUUCCAAUAUCUUUUCAGUUCAUAAAGACUGAUCACUACCAGCUUUGUUCUGCGGCCUCUGGUGAAAAAUAAAGGAUCCACUUCAUCCAGAAAAUA